UAAAGUAAUAGAAACUUAUUUGGUAUAUUCAAAAAUAUAUGAUUUGUAUUGUAGAUAGUUAAUAACGAUGGCCAUUAUAACUCUUCAAGGACUUUUGAUCUUAGGAGUGAUUAUUGCAUAUGUCUCUGCCGAUGUCAUUGUUUGUGAAGAUAAACUAGCAUACAUAAAAUGUCCAUAUCCUUCUAAGAUUAAAGUAUCCAGUGCAAUAUAUGGACGGACCACUGAUAGAAGCAUAUGCCCUCAUCCUGCUAUACAUACAACUGAUUGCAGGUCAUCGACUUCUGACUAUAAAGUAAAAGCAAUGUGCAAUGGUAAAAGAAUAUGUCGAGUAAAGGCUGACAAUAGACAGUUUGGUGAUCCCUGCAGUGGAACCUACAAAUAUUUAGAAGUUAAAUAUAAAUGUGUUUGAUUCUGUGUAUUAAGACAAAUAACGCUUUGAAAACACGAAUGUAAAGAAAUGUGUGAUUUGUUUUAUUUAUGUUCUGGUUUUAAAUUACAAAAAUCAAUAAAUUCGUUAUGUUUGCGUACGUUAUAUGUAUGUUUGAUUUAUAUGUAUAUUAAUAAAAUAAA